AUGGAUUUCCUUCAGCGCCUUGCUCGGUUCAUCGACCGUCCACUCUUCCCGUGGAAACGGAUCAUCAUAGGCUUCUCAGUGGGUCAGUACCUCUUUGAAGAAUUCCUAUCGUAUCGCCAGUACCAAGUCCUCAAGAAGAACAAGCCCCCAAAGGUCCUCGAAGCCGAAAUCUCCCAGGAAACGUAUGACAAGAGCCAGGAAUAUGGUCGCGCAAAGGCAAAGUUUGGCUUCAUCAAGGGUCUCUACGGUCAAAUCCAGAACAUCGCAUUCAUCCACUUUGACGUCCUUCCCAAGCUUUGGUCAUGGACUGGCCAGCUCCUCCUCAACUUCGCUCCUGCUCGUUUCACCGGCGAGAUCUCGCACUCCAUCGUCUUCAUUCUGAGCUUCAUCAUGAUCCAACAAGCUUUGUCUCUGCCCACUUCCAUCUACCACACUUUCGUCCUCGAAGAGAAGUUUGGUUUCAAUAAGCAAACUCCUAAGCUGUUCAUCACGGAUAUGAUCAAGUCCAACGUCCUAACAUUCGUUCUUGCGCCUCCGAUCCUUGCCGGCUUCCUCAGCAUCGUCCAGAAGACCGGAAACCAAUUCUUCUACUACCUUUGGCUGUUUGUUGCUGGUCUCCAGGUCUUCAUGAUCACCAUCUAUCCGAUCGCCAUUCUACCUCUGUUCAACAAGCUCUCUCCCCUCGAGGAAGGCAAGCUCAAGAACGACGUCGAAGGUCUGGCCAAGAAGCUCAAGUUUCCUCUCCACGAACUUUUCGUGAUCGACGGCAGCAAGCGCAGUGCUCACAGUAACGCCUACUUCUUUGGUCUCCCGUGGAAAAAGCAUAUCGUCAUUUAUGACACCUUGAUUGAGAAGAGCAAGGCUGAGGAAGUCACUGCCGUCUUGGCGCACGAGUUGGGUCACUGGAGUCUCGGCCACACCACUAAGCUCUUUGGUAUUUCUCAGGCGCACGUCUUCUAUAUUUUCCUCCUGUUCUCCGUGUUUGUCAACAACGCUUCUCUGUACGCUGAUUUCGGCUUCGUCAAGGAGCGUCCCAUCAUCAUUGGUUUCCUCCUCUUCUCCGACGCUCUGGCGCCUAUGGAUCUCAUCAUCAAGCUUGUCAUGAACAUCAUCAGCCGUCGCUUUGAGUUCCAAGCUGAUGAGUUCGCCCGCAACCUUGGAUAUAAGGCCGAGCUUGCUGCUUCUCUCAUUAAGCUGCAAGUUCAGAACCUCAGCACCAUGGACGCCGAUUGGAUGUACGCAAGCUACCACUUCUCGCAUCCAAUUCUGUCCGAGAGACUGAAGGCACUUGACUGGGUACCUACCGGAAAGGUGGUUGAAGAGAAGUCAGAGGUCGUCAGGGCUGCAGACAGAGAACUAUAG